UGUUGCGUCAGUCGUUUUGGGUGAGAUGUGAUGAAUUCUGCGGGAAGCAGCCGCAGAUUCUGAAAGCGGAGGUUAAUAAACCAGCGAGGCCUUAACAGCCAUACAGAGUCAGAACCCGCGCAGGGGUCUUUGGUUCUGUGGGUCCCUCCCGUCGCUCGGCCCCGCUCGCUCGCCUCGAACCCCCGACCUGUGAGCGGAGGUCACGUCUCCGGCUCCUCGCGGCGGGCCAGGGAUCAUUUGACUCCCAUCGUCAUCUCCCCUCAUGGUCUAAGUGUGGUCCUGCACCAGAAUGUCCCAGCAUGCUUUGCUCUCUGCGGGGGCCAAGGCGUGGCGCUCCAUCCCCUGCUUUCGCGCUGAGCUUCGGCUGGAUUUAACGCUGGGAUGUGGACAAACCUUCAGAUGGCGUGAGACAGGGAAAGACCACUGGACGGGAGUGAUGGGGGGACGGGUGUGGACACUCACUCAGACGGAGGACACUUUAUGGUACCAUGUGUACAGCAGCCAAGGAGGCCCAGGGCUAGUCAAUGGACAGAAAAGGAAAGCAGGGUUGGGGCCACAGUGCUCAGGAAAGAGGUUAAAAGGAAUGAAGGACGUGAAGGAGGAAGAUGAUGAGCUGGGUCUUGACACUGUGAGCUCUGUGCAGGUGGAGAAAGAGGAGAAGCUUCUGAGAGACUAUUUCCAGUUAAGUGUUAAACUGGUAGACCUGUACAAAGAGUGGAGCAGUGCAGAUCAACACUUCAACCACACAGGCAGCAUCUUCACGGGUGUGCGGAUGUUGCGUCAGGACCCUGUGGAGUGUCUCUUCUCCUUCAUCUGUAGCUCUAACAAUCACAUCUCCCGGAUUCAGGGCAUGGUAGAGCGACUCUGUAACACACUGGGGACGCCGCUCUGCACACUCGAUGACACACACUAUCAUGAUUUCCCCUCCAUACAGGCUCUGGCAGACAGUAAAGUGGAGGCGUGUCUACGGGAUUUAGGCUUUGGCUACCGUGCUCGUUUCCUGCAGCAGAGUGCGAACCUCAUUAUGAGCUCCCAUGGUCCUGACUGGCUCCAUAGUCUCCGCAGCGUCCCCUACCUGCAGGCCAGGGAAGCUCUCCGGACACUCCCUGGUGUUGGCCUCAAGGUAGCUGACUGUGUGUCUUUAAUGUCGCUGGAGAAGUCUGAAGCUGUCCCUGUAGACACACACGUGUGGCAGAUUGCUAAGCGGGACUAUAGCUGUGCUGCUGGAAGCGGACAGAAGACUCUGACUGAUAAGGUCUACAAUGAGAUUGGGGAUUUCUUCCGAAAAUUGUGGGGUCCCUAUGCUGGCUGGGCCCACUCUGUGCUGUUCUGUGCUGACCUAAAGAAGUUCCAGAAUCUGAAGGAAGUGGCCAUAAAAGAGGAAAAAAUAGGUAAAACCAAAAAGACAAGCAGUAAGAAGAAAAAGAUGAUUAAAAAGGAAGAAGAGGGAGGAGAGUGAUGUCAGCAUUCAGCUGUACUCGUUUGCUGGUUGCUCCUUCGUUGUCUGUGCUGGAUGGACAUUAUAGCAAUUUUCUGUUCAGCAGGGAAAAAAACUCAGGAAUGAGUUCAAGCUUUUUGUAUUUCUGUCCAUUUUUGUGAUGAAGUGUUUUAUUCUUUUUAGUAGAGGUUGUAGCUGAUCCUGAAGACGUCUCAGAAUCCAGCCGGUGUCACUGACCUGUCUGCUGUGUCCUUUUUCUGUGUUAUUGUCUUGUCUGCUGUGUCCUUUGUUUUAAAAGGGGUUUCCUCUGCAAGUGAACACUGCCUAAACGUCCUUUAUAUCGGUGAAUGUUUUUAUAACUGUUAAAGGUAAAACUGUAUGUAAAACUGUUGUGUGGGAUCCCUCAGAGAAUUCAUUCCAAAUCUCUUAUUUUUUUUAAACUUCCCAACUAAGGAAGCAGUUCAAAAUGCACUAAAGAAAAUGAUAAAAAAUGAAAAAAGAUGACCAAAAUAUUCAAAGAGCACAAGUUAAUAUUCUUUUAAUAUAAAAAGUAAAAAGCAAAACAAUUUAAAGACAUCAGUGCAAUGAGGAAGAUUGUGAAAGACAAAGUCAUUUCCAGAAUGUGCACUAGGUGGCAAUAAAGAUCAAACAAAUGGCCUCUGCCUGGUCCAAGUAACACCAACCAUAUUUCUUUGAUUGAUCACUGUUCAGACAUUGCCUGAACGUAGCAAACUGGCAGUUAAUAUGUGACAUCCACUGUCAAAAUAACUCUCUGAGCUAAACUCAGUGUACUGGGAACUGCUGCUGACUCUCCUUCAGCAGAGCAGGUUCAGGUGAAAUUGUGGAAAACAAUAAAUGUGUCAAGGAAUUUUGGUAUGAAA